GGAAGCAAGAUUGGAAACCAGUAACCACCACCUCCAGCACAAACGCAGUCACCCGCACCUACAAACCCCCGCUCUCUCCUCCCAUCCCCUCGCGACUAGCGGCCCUUCUCUGAGGAAGCCGGCUAGACCCCGCGGUCCCAUCCCUCCCACCGUGUUCCUCCGCACCGCCAUUUCCCACCGCUCCCCUCCGGCGAGGUAAAGAAACGAUCUUUUCUGCCUGUCCUACCCCUCCGGCCCUGUAGGCGCCACCGGCAUUUCUUGCGGCUAGAUCUGCGCGCAUUUGGCGUUUCUUGGGCGUAGAUCUCGCGAAUACCUCGUUUACCUCGGCGAGGUGAGCCGGUGGUGGCUUGGUCGAGAUGGAGGAUGUGGUUGAUGACGUCACCGACGCUGCGACUGCGGCGGCGGCCGUCGAGAAUGGGGCCAAUGGAAAGCCAGCGUUGCCUGAUGGUGUAGGGGAGCAUGGGGAAGAAGAGCACGAGGAGCAAGCCAAUGGGGAUAACUCGGGGAAGAGCGAGGUGAUCAAUCCGCAGGAAGAGACGGGUGGGGAGGCCACCUCGCCGGCGGAGGGCCGGAAGCCUCGCCUUUCCAAGGGGAACCAGAGCCAUGGACCUAAGGCUGUCAAGGCUAAGAGCCCAAGGAGUGGAGACGAAGGUCAGACAAGAAGAAGAACCACCAAUUCCUCUCUUCCUAAGGCACCCGUUGCACGGGCAUCUCGUCCAGGUUCAGGUACUGGCUGCCGGACCAAUGGCGAUGCCGCUGGUAGCAAUAAAGUUGAGAAUAAUCAGUCUCGCCCAGCUCCCAACGAAGUGCCAUGGCUUGAUGACUCCAAGGAGAGAAGGAAAAGUCAAAAGGCAUCAGGUCAGCCUUCUGCCAUCAAAAGAGAUGAAGAAGAGUCAAAUUGUGAGAGUACAAAGCCUCAAAAAGUUGGCAGCACUCCUUCCUACGGCUUCACCUUCAAGUGUGAUGAGAGAUCUGAAAAAAGAAGAGAGUUCUAUUCAAAGCUUGAGGAGAAGAUUCAUGCGAGAGAGUUAGAAAUAAGCAAUUUGCAAGCAAAAUCAAAGGAAACUGAAGAAGCUGAACUCAAAAUGCUGCGGAAGAGUUUGAAAUUCAAGGCAACACCAAUGCCCAGCUUCUAUAAGGAACCACCCCCUGCCAAGGUUGAGUUGAAAAAGGUUCCCCCCACAAGAGCUAGAUCACCAAAACUUGGUCGUUCCAAGAACAAGUCCACACCAGAGACUGAAGAAAAUACUACUACUAACCAACCAGUCCAUCUGAGCCUCGAGGAGAAUGUUUCUCAAAAUGGUGUGAAAAAAUCAACCCCAUCAAAUUCAGUGAAGAAGCCCCAGAGGAAGUCACUCCCCAAAUUGCCAUCAGAGGAAACUGGUCCACUCGAUGCCGUAGCAAGCCCAUCACCUGCAGGGCAGCUAAAGAACACCAAACUGAACGUGGUUGGGGCUCAGGAGACAGGAUCUCUGACAGGGCAGUUACAUGGAACCGAGAUGAGCAUAGAUUUUGUUCAGGGGUCAAUCCGAGCUGGAGUUAACCUGAUGAACAAGAGCUCAGUGAACGUGUAGUCACUUAGCCAAGAUCAUGGUGACAAAACACCAACUGAUUUGUGAUGGAUGGUGUGCCUCCACUUUUGUAUCAUAUUGUCCUUAUCUACAAGAGUAUCUAGUCGCAUGUAUUGUAUGGUCAACUCUUACCUCAUUUUCCUGGAGUUCAGCCUCUGUGUUACUUAUCCAGAUGGUUUUUGUUCAUAAUCUAUGGAGAACUCUAAUUUUCCAAGUCAUUUGCAGUUCCUGACAAAUUAUUAUCUCCU